AGGUCUUAUAGAUUCGAAACUAAAAUACAACCAUACGGAGUUGGUCGUCCUUGGACAACUCGAUCAACAUGCGACUUACAAUAUCAUUGUUAGCUGUCAUUUUCAAGCGAAAGAAGAAUACGCCUGGAAAUGUAACAAUAGGAGCUAAUCAGAAGUAUAAACCAAUUAAGACUUCCCAGAAGAUGCUGGCAGUAAAUUACCUGAUGAUGGAAGAGCAGAACAACACAUACCUCAAUAACCCUUAUCUCUCUAAUUAUGAAGAAGCACAAUAUGGGAAGGCACAUCCGCAGAAAUAUCAAAAGGCAAAGGACUUUUUUGCCUCAAGGAAAAGUAAAUUUUACUCUGACAGAACUUUAGAAGAUCACAUUGAAGACAAUUUAGGAAAGCAUCGAAAGUGGGAAUGAUUUAACGAGAACAUGGAUAGUCAAGAGCAUUUGUAUGGGAUCUCUAAGUAUAUGUGAAGUGGCUACAUGAAAAGAAAUAUAUUAAAUGGAUAUAAUUUUUUAAGAGUUUACGUAUAGUAUGUUAAAACAUGAUCUGAAAAAGACUAUUGGUUGUGAUUUAUAACAAAUACAAUUUAAUCGCAAUGCACCACCAGCUUUACAUGUUGCGACUUGUUGUGUUUUAAUGAAUCGUUGAGAUAGACAGAAUGAAUGGUUUAACCAUACACAUUUUAUGGCAUCAGAAAUAUAUAUUUAAUAUUUGAGUGCUUUAUGUUAAAAGUACUUGUUACAAUAAUAAAUCUUUAUUGGAAGCUUAAAUAAGAGGUCUUUUGUUCACCAGUAAUCACAAGCUCUAAAGAAAAAUGCAUUUCUGGCUUGCUCAAUUUCUGGAUCUUAUAUAACAGGGCUUGUUGACAAUUUUUAUGCCAACACAAGUGUGUUGGGCCUGUUGGUUUACUCUCAAUGACUGUUGGUCAUUAUUAUUUGAUAGAUGGCAAUAAAUGCUUUAAAAAGUU